AUGCUGUCAGCUAUAGUGGUGGUGCUUAAGGUGAAGGCAUGGCAACAGAAGAGGGCGCUGAAUAAGGUGUGCGGAACGCAGGCAUCCCAGGAGCCUCGGCGGUGGGAGGAGGACUAUCAACUGGUGGCGUUGCUCCAGUUUGGCUUCAUCACCAUCUUUGUGACAGCGUUCCCCCUGGCGCCGCUCUUUGCCCUGCUCAACAACAGGGCCGAGAUGUGCCUGGACGCCCACAAGUUUGUGUGCGAGUACAGGAGGCCCGUGGCCGAGCGUGCGCAGAACAUCGGCGUGUGGUUCAACAUCCUGGAGGCCUUGUCGCACCUCUCCGUCAUCAUCAUCCGUCAUCCUCAUUUCUGUGCGACCCAGACUGAGGGAGAAUCACUGUACUGCUAACUGCUGGAC